CCAUGUUGUUUUGCUUCGUUGUCAAGCUCACGCGCACAUGCGCGCGCACCGGGAACCCCUCUCCUCACGCCCACUCGAGUGACCGCCGCACCGAUCUGGCGUUCAAAGUGAACGCGUGAAAAGUGAACUCGUGAAUAGCGAGCGGGUUGCAGGAGCGAACGGGACAAGCGGCGGAGUCGGUCGGCUUUACCAUGGCGACCUUCCCUGAAUACAUCGCCCAGAACGAGGAGCGCGAUGGUGUGCGCUUCAGCUGGAACGUUUGGCCGUCCAGCCGACUGGAGGCUACGCGCAUGGUGGUGCCCGUCGCCGCCCUCUUUACGCCCCUCAAGGAGCGACCUGACCUGCCGCCCAUCCAGUACGAGCCUGUGCUCUGCAGCCGCGCCACGUGCCGUGCCGUGCUCAACCCGCUCUGUCAAGUGGACUACCGGGCCAAGCUGUGGGCGUGCAACUUCUGCUACCAGAGGAACCAGUUCCCACCGUCCUACUCGGGAAUCUCGGAGGUGAACCAGCCGGCCGAACUGCUGCCUCAGUUCUCCACCAUCGAGUAUGUGGUUCAGCGUGGCCCCCAGAUGCCACUGGUCUUCCUGUAUGUGGUGGACACAUGCAUGGAGGAGGAGGACCUGCAGGCACUGAAGGAGUCUCUGCAGAUGUCCUUGUCUCUGCUGCCCCCCACGGCUCUGGUGGGUCUCAUCACCUUCGGCCGCAUCGUCCACGUACACGAACUGGGUUGCGAGGGCAUCUCUAAGAGUUAUGUCUUCAAAGGCACCAAAGACCUCAGCGCCAAGCAGCUGCAGGAGAUGCUGGGGCUGGCCAAACCGGCGGCCUCUUCCCAGGCACGAGGAUCGCAAGCGCCCCAACAGCCGCAGUACAACAGGUGCGGUGCGCCGGCGCUGCGUGGAAACGUUGCAGACCAAACACUUUGGCGUGUGCUCGCUUCCAGGUUCCUGCAGCCAGUCCAGAAGGUGGACAUGAACCUGACUGACCUGCUGGGGGAGCUGCAGCGCGACUCUUGGCCCGUGGUCCAGGGCAAGCGGCCCCUGCGCUCCCUGGGCGUGGCCAUGUCCAUUGCCGUCGGCCUGCUGGAGUGCACUUUCCCCAACACGGGCGCGCGCAUCAUGACCUUCAUCGGGGGUCCGGCCACGCACGGUCCCGGCAUGGUGGUGGGCGACGAGCUGAAGACCCCCAUCAGGUCUUGGCACGACAUCGAAAAGGGCAACGCCAAGUUCAUGAAGAAGGCCGCCAAGCAUUACGAGUCGCUGGCUAGCAGGGCAUCGGCUAGCGGUCACGUGAUGGACAUCUACGCGUGUGCGCUCGACCAGACCGGGCUCCUGGAGAUGAAGUGCUGUGCCAACAACACGGGAGGCUACAUGGUGAUGGCGGACUCGUUCAACACGUCGUUGUUCAAGCAAACAUUUCAGAGAGUUUUCUCCAAAGACGUUCAAGGCGCCUUCAAGAUGGCCUUUGCUGCUGCGCUGGAGGUCAAGACGUCCAGGGAGGUGAAAGUGUCCGGAGCCAUCGGACCCUGCGUGUCCCUCAACGCCAAAGGGCCCUGCGUCUCCGAAAACGAGAUCGGCUGCGGAGGAACGUGCCAGUGGAAAAUGUGCGGUUUGGACCCCAGCACCACACUAGCGCUCUACUUUGAGGUGGUCAAUCAGCACAACGCCCCCAUCCCUCAAGGCGGGCGUGGCGCUCUGCAGUUCGUCACGCAAUACCAGCACGCGUCGGGCCAGCGACGCAUACGCGUGACCACCAUCGCCAGGAACUGGGCGGAUGCUCAGACGCAGAUCCAAAGCAUCGCCGCGUCUUUCGAUCAAGAGGCUGCAGCCAUCUUGAUGGCCCGGCUGGCUGUGUACCGCGCCGAGACGGAGGAGGGGCCCGACGUCCUCAGGUGGCUGGACAGACAACUCAUCAGACUGUGUCAAAAGUUUGGCGAUUACCACAAAGAUGAUCCCAACUCCUUCAGGUUCUCCGAGACGUUCUCGCUGUACCCUCAGUUCAUGUUCCACCUGAGGCGCUCACCCUUCCUGCAGGUGUUCAAUAACAGUCCAGACGAGAGCUCGUACUACCGACACCAGUUCAACCGGCAGGAGCUAACGCAGGCGCUCAUCAUGAUCCAGCCCGUCCUCUAUGCAUACUCCUUCCAGGGACCUCCUGAGCCGGUGUUAUUGGACAGCAGCAGCAUUCUUCCAGAUCGCAUCCUGCUCAUGGACACUUUCUUCCAAAUCCUCAUCUACCAUGGAGAGACGGUGUCCCAGUGGAGGAAGGCAGGGUACCAGGAGAUGGCCGGGUACGAGAACUUCCGGCAUCUUCUUCAGGCGCCGGUGGACGACGCCCAAGAGCUGCUGCACUCGCGCUUCCCCAUGCCGCGAUAUAUUGACACAGAGCAUGGCGGCAGUCAGGCUCGCUUCCUGCUCUCCAAAGUCAACCCCUCACAGACGCACAACAACAUGUACACUUGGGGACAGGAGUCGGGCGCGCCCAUCCUCACAGAUGACGUUAGCCUACAGGUCUUCAUGGACCACCUGAAGAAGCUCGCCGUGUCCAGCGCCGCUUAACUUGCUCACACACACAUACAUACACACGCACGCUCACACACACACACACAAGCACACACACUGUUGUAUUGCGUCUGCUGCCUGACUCAGCCGUGAAUAAUGUGUGCAACAUCUUAUGGUUUGAUUGCUGGAUCAUGUUCGGAACAUUUGGACGGAGGCUUGCCACCCAUCUUGUGUCCUCUCUCUUUGUUCGAAUAAACAUUUUGGAACACACAA